ACAACAAACCUUUAAAACAUCUCACACCAAAGAGAAACAGAGAGAAAAGAGAAUCCCUCUCAUCUCUGAGACCCAUUUUCUUUAGCCUUUCUCAUAUUCGGCACGCGCAUAGCGGAAACUUUAGUGCAAACGCAGACGCAAUUGAAGCAGGUGUUGUUCAUCAUCAAGACGAGGAGGAACUACCAUUAGUUUCUUCAAAAAAUUCACUGUUUGGAUCAACUCAUCAUUACGUGUUUGGAUUUGAGAAAAUUUUGUUUUCGAUCAAUUUCUGAGGAAAUAUUGAGCAGAAUUAUGCAUUCUUCACCACCAAAACAUUUGGUGGAAUUAUAGACCUGCAGCGUUCUGUUUCAUACCGAGGCGAAUCUCCUGCAGCUGAAUUUGUUAGUAUUAAACACGGAAUAUAUAUAUUGAGGAUUCUUAUUACUAAUCUUGUUAGUUUGAGAUUGAGGCGUAUUUAUUGUUGUAUUCCCUGAAUUAUUCUCUGGAAACAGCAGGCAACUUUUGAAUUUUGUUGAAUGUACCUCGGAUCCCCUGUUGGAGGUGGAUCUGUUUGGAAUUAGAAGUGUUUUGGAUUUGAAUUUGUUGAAUUACGCAACAAAUUUUCGAAAUCCAGUUGAAUUCUGCUGUCCAGAGUGAAAUUUAGGUGCUUUCGUUUAUUCAGAACACAGAAUUCUGAUUUGGAUGGAGCUACCUCAAUCCAGGACUUUUGGAACAGAAGGGAGGAAGACGACGCAUGAUUUUCUUUCACUGUAUUCACCUAUUGAACAAGAUCCAAGACCUAUGCAAGGUGGCUACGUAAAAACUCAUGAUUUCUUGCAACCUCUAGAACAAGCAAGGAAGACAAUUGGGAAAGAAGAAAAUAAAGUAGAGGUAGAGGCUGUAGAAAAUCCUCCAUCAGCAGAACAUAUACUUCCUGGUGGCAUUGGCACCUAUAGCAUUUCUUAUUUGCAGCAAAGGGUUCCAAAGCCAGAAGCAAGUACAUUUGCUAUCACACAAGCUAGCAGUACUGAUAGAGACGAUAGAAACUCAAACUGCAGUUCUUACUCUGGGAGUGGUUUCACACUAUGGAAUGAAUCUACCAUGAAAAACGGAAAGACAGUGAAGGAGAAUCUCGCUGGAGAUAGACAUGUCAUAAGAGAAGCAGGUGUAAACAUUGGAGGAGGGAAACCUACGACAUCAUUAGAACGACAAUCACAAUUUUCUUCAAAUCACAAUCAUAACACUGCAACGUUGAGCUCGCACUCAUCUCCUCAGCAACCAUCAGCUAUGGACAACCAGAGUUUCAUACAUAUGAUAACAUCAGCUAGGAAUGCACAGGAAGAUAAUGAUGAUGAAGAAGAAGAAUUUGUUGUUAAGAAAGAGUCACCUUCACCUUCCAGAGGCAAUUUAUCAGUAAAAGUUGAUGGAAAAAACAGUGAUCAGAAGCCAAAUACUCCGCGCUCGAAGCACUCAGCAACAGAGCAAAGACGAAGAAGCAAGAUCAACGACAGAUUUCUGAGGCUGAGAGAGAUCAUCCCUCACAGUGACCAGAAGAGAGACAAAGCAUCAUUCUUGCUGGAGGUUAUCGAAUAUAUCCAAUUCCUACAAGAGAAAGUGCACAAAUAUGAGGGGUCAUAUCAAGGCUUGGAGAAUAAACCUUCAACAUUACCUUGGAAUAAGUUCAAUAGUAUGGCUCAAGGUUUGAUUGAUCAUUCUCAAGGCACAAACAGUGCAUCUAGUCACGCACUUAUACAUGCUGCACAGUUUGACGAGAACAAAAUUGGAAUCUCUGCAACAGGGCCUGUCAAUGGACAGACACUGGAGCCAAAAAGAACUUCCAGUGUGAAAGAAAGAGGUCAGCUGUCUGAGUUAACAAACAAGGGCACAACACUUUGUAUGCAACCAAACACAUUUCCAUUUUGUGCAAAUACUAGCAUAGCAUCACUACAAUCAACAAUGGCACCUGAUGCUGUUACACUGGAAUUGAAAUCGCAACCUCAAUUUUCACUAAGUAGAUCAAAUGUGACUAAUUAUGCUGUUACAGAUCACAAGCUAAAAGGCCAAGAGAUGUCUAUAGAAAGUGGUACAGUGAGCAUCUCAAGUAUCUAUUCUCAGAGGUUGUUGAACACAUUGAAACAAGCAUUGCAGAAAUCUGGAGUAGAUUUGUUACAAGCCAAUAUGUCCGUGCAAAUUGAUCUCGCGAAAAGAGCAAAUGACAGAUCAAAUGCUUCAGCGUCAAAUUUUAAGGAUGACAACAUCUCCUCAAACAAUCAACCAACUUCACAGUCCAUUCAUACAAGCACAAGGGACGAAUCUGUCCAUACCUUCAAACGACUCAAAACAAAUUAGAAGCAAAUUUAACACACAAGUAUUCUUUUGCAAUUGAUUCAAUUAAAAAAAAAUUUCCUUCCCUUCUGAUUCUGAGGGGAUAUUCAUGUCUACACUUGGUAUAGAAAAUCUCCCCUAAUCGGAUCAUAAACCACUGUAAAUGUAAUCCUUUUUCUUUUUCACCCCAUUUACUUUUCGGUUAUUGAACUGCACAGGAUUAUUCUGACUAGAGUUUGAUAUUUAUUACUGAUAGUGAAUUAUCAAGAAAUCAUGUAUCAUUAUUGAGGCUUCCAGUGCUCAUGUUGAGAAGCCACUUUUUAUAUAAGGCUUCCAUUCAUUCCAAUUUCA